CUUUCUCUGCCAUACCACCUUAUCAAUUCGUCUUCUGGAAAAGUACUCGCUCUGAUCCUCCCUCGUGUACGCGCAAUCGCCUGAGUGCGAGCAGUUCUGUGGCUUCUGCUCUUCUCGUGCUCAAGCCUCCCGCGAUCAUGCUUGAUUCAGAUCUGAUUUCAUCAUUUCAGCCAUAGGUCCUGGAUUUGCUACUGUGUGCAUACGUUGGCUAAGUAUUGAGCUGGGCGCGUGCCUCCUGCCAGUAUUAAGUAGAGCCAAAACAGUAACUUGUUGGGUAUUGGAUCAAUCAGCAGCUUCUUUGUUGCUUGGAUUUCUUUCUUAUUUUGAAUGGCGAGUCUGGAGCAUUCAGAUGGGAAUUCCGAAGGUAUUGGCUCUUCUGCACCAAAUUCAUAUGGAGCCGUAGUUCUUGGAGGCACCUUUGACAGAUUACACGAUGGCCACUGCAUUUUCCUCAAGAAAUCAGCGGAGCUGGCUAGGGAUUGGAUUGUGGUGGGAGUUUGUGAUGGUCCUUUGUUGACUAACAAAAAGUUUCCAGAUCUAAUAGAACCGAUCGAGAAACGGAUGCAUGCUGUUGAAAAUUACAUCAAGUCUGUCAAGCCAGAGCUGGUAGUACAAGUUGAACCUCUUACAGAUCCUUAUGGUCCUUCGAUCAGAUAUGAAAAUUUGGAGGCUAUUGUUGUUAGCAAAGAGACGUUGCCUGGUGGAAUUUCGGUUAACAAGAAGAGAGCUGAAAGAGGCUUCUCAGAACUAAAGAUAGAAGUUGUCGAUCUACUUCCUGAAAAGUCGAGUGGAAAUAAGCUGAGUUCAACCACAUUAAGGAGUCUCGAGGCUGCGAAAGCCCGGAAAAUUGAUCUGCAUUGCGGUGGGUCUCGCGAGGUGGUUUCAAAGAUGAAUGAUCUUAUGACAAAAUCGUUUUUAAGUUAUGUGGAAUUGAAGAAACAAGCCCAGAUGGACAUAGAGGCCGAUGAGGCUGAUGUAGAGAAGGGCCAAUUCGCCAAACCCGCAGAUGAAGAGAACCUCUCUCAGUUCUUUCAAGAGGUUGAAGCAAUUAAGACUGAAAUGGAGGAGAUCACCAAUCUCCUCUCUGAUCUCCAGAACCUAAAUGAAGAGACGAAGUCCACACACAGUGUUAAAAUUCUUCGUGGCCUGAGGGAUCGCAUCGAUGCCGACACCGUUGCAGUCCUUCGCAAGACACAAGUCGUGAAGGUGAGGCUCGAAUCUCUCAAUCGAUCCAAUCAAAACAAUCGAAGAACACCUGCAUACCAAGAGGGAAGUUUGGUUGAUCGCACGAGAACAUCGGUAACCAAUGGGUUGAGAACUAAGCUUAGGGAGAUGAUGACUGAUUUCCAAUCACUGAGACAAAAGAUUUUGUUGGAUCAUGGAGAAGAUCUCAAGAGGAGCUACUACAAUGCAAUGGGGAAGGAACCGAGUGAGGAAUGGAUCGAAAAGAUGGUUUCGGGUGGUGGGAAAGUUGAAUUGUUUAGAGGGAAAACCGAGGUGAUAAGCUUGGAGAGCAAUGAAAGGCAUGAAGCAGUGAUGAACAUUAGGAGGAGCUUGGACAAGCUUCAUCAGGUUUUUCUUGAUAUGACUGUUUUGGUGGAAGCACAGGGGGAGAAGAUGGAUGAUAUUGAACAGAAUGUGGCUGUUGGGGGGAGCUUCAUCAGUGGUGGAACCAACAGUCUUUUCUAUGCUAAUCAGAGGAAGACGAAGGGGAGGAAAUGGGUAUGCUGGGUUUGGGCUGUGGGGUUUAUUAUACUGUUGGUGUGCUGCAUUUCAUUGUUGACUUCAUGA